AUGGAAACACCUAGGGAACAUGUAAUAUAUGCGCCGCAGCCGGAUGGUAUGCCCCGACCGAUUGAGACUGAAAUCAAGGAGCCGCAAGAUGGGAGUACAGACGUGCCGGCUCAGGAGGAGGAGUUCUUGAAUACGUGGGUGAAAUUCCGGCAUUACAUGAAAGAGCCACUAGCGGAAUGGCUUGCAACAACAGUCGCAGUAUUCAUCGGUCUAACCGGCACCCUCUCAAUAUCAACAGGCGGCACCCAAGCCGGAGCCCGGCUCUCUCAAAACUGGUCCUGGGAACUAGGCAUCAUGAUUGGAAUCUACAUCGCCGGCGGCGUUUCAGGUGCACACCUGAACCCAGGUAUAUCCAUCGCGCUCUGGAUCUUCCGCGACUUCCCCGGCCGCUGCUGUCUCUAUUAUAUUGCAGCGCAGAUUCUCGGUGCCAUCACGGCUGCGGUUUUGGCGUAUAUCUUGCAUCGGGAUUCUAUUGUUGCGUUUGCGCCGACGGUCGAGCCGGGCUCGGCUGGUUUGGGCUUGUAUACAGGGCCACUGCAUCAUGUGAGCUCUGCGAUAGCGUUUUUUACCGAGUUCGUUGCUGGUGCGCUGCUGCUUUGUGUUAUAUUUGCGUGGGUUGAUGAUGGGAAUGCGCCGCCUGGGGCGGGUAUGCAUUCUUUCGUUAUUGGGUUGGUUGUUUAUGUGCUUUGUAUUUGUUUGGGGUUUAAUACCCGGGGAGGGGGUUGCCUCAACCCCGUGCGUGACUUCGGACGUCGUCUUGUUGCUCUCAUGGCUGGGUAUGGAAGUAUAACCUUUACGGAGCAUGGAGGGUGGUGGUUCUGGGGCUGCUGGGUGGCUACUAUAGGUGGGGGCUUGACGGGGACGUUUCUGUAUGAUAUCUUGAUUUUCAUCGAGGGUGAGUCGCCGGUUAAUUAUGCCCGGCGGCGGAGGCACCGUACAAAGCUCAAAAAGGACAGUAAGUGGAGGAAGCGACAUGGCAUUGGGAAGAAGGUACCCGAGUUGGAGGAUGGGAUUAAGGAUUUAGAGGAAUUAAUUCUUUGA